AUGGCUAAGGACAUCAAGAAACUGAUGCUAACUCAGGUGCAUUAUCAACCACAGUUGGGAUGUGACAUCUGUGGAUUGGGACACCCAACACAUGAGUGUCAAGCUACAACUAAGGAAAUCAACGCUGUGGAGAACUUCAACAGAGGGAACUUUUACAGAGGCAACUACCAAGGAGGUGGUAAUUUCAAUUCUAUGGGACAGAGACAUCGAGGGUUCUCAUGGAGUUCUUCAACUGGUAGUUUGAACCCAUGGCAGCAGCAAAAUCCCAAAGCACCAGUGCAAGGACCUCCUAGAUUCCAAACUCAACAGAGGCAACCAUACCAACCUCCACAGCCCAACAACUCAAGUUUAGGAGAUCUAAUGAAGGUAUUUAAAAAUAAAUUCGAUGAGAAACUUAAGACUCAAAGGACCGCUAUCAGGGAGCAAGGCACAGCCAUCCAGAAUCUGGAAAACAAAUGGGGCAGCUUGCAACAUUGUUGUCAGAAAGGGCGUCGGGGACUUUGCCGGCAGACUAAAAAGAAUCCAAAAGAGACAAUCAAAGCUAUGUCUCUCAGGAGUGGGAAAACAUUAGCAGAGCCAAAGGCAAAACCAAAGGAUGAGAAGGAGAUCAACUUAACCAAGAUAGUUGAAGAGCAGAAAACCGGUGAAUCUUUGCCUAAGGAGAAUGUUAGCAACACGGAUGUUGAUAAGCAGAAUGUGAACAACGCAUUUGAGAAAAGCAAGCACAUGGAAUUAUUACCUUUUCCUCAAAAGAUGAAGCGGGAGAAAUUAGACAAAUGUUUUGGGAAAUUCUUGGAGAUGCUGAAACAAUUGUAUGUGAACAUUCCGUUCACGGAGGUGCUUACGCAGAUGCCAGCCUAUGCAAAAUUCCUGAAGGAAAUCCUUUCAAGCAAAAGGAAGCUUGAGGAAACGAGGGUGGUCAAACUCAAUGCCCACUGCAGUGCCAUUCUACAGAACAAAAUUCCUAAGAAGUGUGGGGAUCCUGGCAGUUUCACUAUACCUUGCUCGUUUGGUAGAAAAAAUUUGACAAAGCCUUGUACGAUUCAGCUGGCUGAUCAAACCACGAUCAUACUGGAGGGCACAAUUGAUGACAUUCUGGUAAGGGUGGACAAAUUUGUUUUCCUAGUAGAUUUCAUUGUGGUAGAUAUGGAAGUGAAUAAGGAGGUACCUCUAAUCCUGGGAAGUGAAUAA